AUGUCUCUUGCCAAAUCUAAUGUUCCCUUCAAAGCCACUGACAAGGAGCACAGCACGCCGCAUCCCCGGAUGUUUGCGGCAGUUGCCGCGCUCACGUCUCUGAUUCAUGCUCACCCCGGAGAGGAGCAUGAUGCGACUGAAGUGGUGAAGGAAGCCACAUUGCGACACACCAUAGCGGAUAUCAAUAGCUAUGCGGUUGGGCAGUGCGUCAACGAUGUUGAGACACUGGAUCGCAAGCAGCGUGCCAUGGAGCGCCGCAUGGACACAUUCCGGAACCUGCAAGCGAAUAGAGGCAUCGUAAAUGACCAGCAAAUUUACCGCCGUAACAAUGUACAGUUCGCAAAGUGGGGGCAGGUCUCACACGACAGGACGGGGAAAGUGGACUUCACCAAGUCGACGCCCCAUGUUGAGGUUUUCGGGGCAAAUACCACUUGCAUCAUGACUCCGGAUAAUAUUAUAGGCCCAUACUAUGUUCUCGGCGAGCAGAUCCGCUCCAACGUGGUCGAGGGUCACAGAGGCGUCCCGGUCCACCUCGAAAUUCAAUUUGUGGAUGUUCAAGACUGCAAGCCGGUCUCAGGCCUGCUGGUUGACAUCUGGCAAUGCAACGCAACGGGUGUGUAUAGUGGAGUGAGUGCAGCUGGCCAGGGUGGGCUCAAGUCGACAUUCCUGCGCGGAGUGCAGCAGACGGACAAGGAUGGCGUCGUCGAAUUCGACACAAUCUUCCCUGGCCACUACCAGGGCCGUGCGACUCACAUACAUGUCUCCGCUCAUACCGGUUCCAGUAUUCUACCUAACAAUACGUUCACCGGCGGUGACGUCAACCACAUCUCGCAGUUAUUCUUCGACCAGGCCUUGAUCUCUGCUGUUGAGAAGCUAGCGCCUUACAACACGAAUCGCAUCCCAUUGACCACAAAUGCUCGGGAUCUGUAUUCGGGCUAUGCCGCUACCGAGGCAUACGAUCCGUUCCCAGAAUACGUGUUCCUGGAUGGCAAGGACCUGUCUCAAGGUCUAUUUAUGUGGAUUGAGGUGGCAAUAAACACCAAGGCUAAUUACAAUGAUUAUGCCAUCGUCGCCGCCAUCCUGGGUCCAGAGGGUGGGAAAAACAACCCGAAAUACAGUCUGAUCAAGGCUAUCACCCCGCCACCGACACAUGGCUGA